AUGGCGACCACCGUCAGCACGCAGCGCGGCCCGGUGUACCUCGGGGAGCUCCCGCAGGACUUUCUGCGCAUCACGCCCACGCAACAGCAACAGCAGAUCCAGCUGGACGCGCAGGCGGCACAGCAGCUGCAGUUCGGGGGGACGCUGGGCACCGUGGGCCGUCUCAGCAUCACCGUGGUGCAGGCCAAGUUGGCGAAGAACUACGGCGUGACCCGCAUGGACCCGUACUGCCGACUGCGCCUGGGCUACGCCGUGUACGAGACGCCCACGGCCCACAACGGCGCCAAGAACCCGCGCUGGAAUAAGGUGAUCCAGUGCACGGUGCCGCCCGUGGACUCCUUCUACCUGGAGAUCUUUGAUGAGCGCGCCUUCUCCAUGGACGACCGCAUCGCCUGGACGCAUGUCACCAUCCCCGAGUCGCUGAAGCAGGGCAAGGUGGAGGACGAGUGGUACAGCCUGAGCGGGCGGCAGGGCGACGACAAGGAGGGCAUGGUCAACCUGGUCAUGUCCUACACGUCGCUGCCGGCCGCCGUGGUGAUGCCGCCUCAGCCUGUGGUCCUGAUGCCCACAGUGUACCAGCAGGGGGUCGGCUACGUGCCCCUCGCAGGGGUGCCCGCCGUGUGCGGCCCCGGCGUGGUGCCCGUGGCCCUGCCCCCGGCCGUCAGCGCGCAGCCCCGCUGCAGCGAAGAGGACCUGAAGGCCAUGCAGGACAUGUUCCCCAACGUGGACCGCGAGGUGAUCCGCUCCGUGCUGGAGGCCCAGCGGGGGAGCAAGGACGCCGCCAUCAACUCCCUGCUCCAGAUGGGCGAGGAGUCCUAG